AUGGCGACUCUCUUCCAUACCGAGCAGGUGCUCAUCGGGCAAGUUGGCAAAUACAAGAUCGUGAAGCAGUUGCAGAAAGCAGUUUGGCUUGCCAGAAAUCAGGUUCACAAAGAUGUCAUUGUAAAGAGUGUGCAGGAUCAUCCCCGUGUAGCCAACGAGCGUGAUGUGCUCAAGAUCUUUACACCGCGGUCCAAGCAUAUCCGACCGUUGCUGGAUGAGAUAGUAGAUCCUGCGGAACCCACGACAAUCGUUCUCAGUCACUUGCAAUCGACGCUCCUACAAGCUUCAGUUCGGCAGAAGCUGAAUCGCACAGAGCUUAAAUAUGUAUGCCGUGGCGUUCUGGAGGCUUUGGCGGUGAUGCACAGCGAAGGUUAUGUACAUGCAGACGUGAAAGCCGACAAUAUACUUGUCAACGAGAAACCCGAUCAGACCAAUCGCUUCACCGAUGUACAGCUAGCCGACAUGGGCAACUCGUAUCCGGAGGCUCACGAAUACGCUUUGGAAGGCCAGCCUAUUGGUGCGCCAAUGUGGUCUAGUCCUGAAGUUCUUAUGCACUUGCCUUGGGACACAAAGACGGACAUUUGGUCUUUCGGAACACUGUUAAUCAGUCUCAUCUACGGCCGUGAUUUCAACAUUUUUGACCCUCAAGAUGUUCCCACUGACCCGCUCGACGAUUACAAAUUUGCCGUCCUGCGGAGACAGGUCGAGAUAUUCGGCCCUUUCCCUGUCAAAUACCAGGAAAUAGCAAACGAGGAUGUGAUGGAGCUCAUUGUCUGGAUGCUGGAGAACUUAAAGGAGAGCAGAACCCCUUUUCAGAAUGUUGCGGAUGGUGAGAUUAGCCGAAAGGACAAGGAUUUCAUCAGCUGGAUUAUGCGGCUUGAUCCUCGAGACAGGCCAACAGCCGCAGCCAUUUUGUCACACGGGUGGUGGCACGGGGAGUGA